AUGCGUAUUAAUACAAUUCUACGACCUGCUCACCGUUCUCUUCCUCAUACAUAUGCUGCUGCGGACCUUCUUACCUCUGCCAUGGUUCGCAAGGUGGUGCGGCGGUGUCGAUGUUUCAAUCCGCAGUCGCAGCCCUGGGUGCACCAACGUUUAAGGAUCUUCGCCUGUGUACUAAAACUCAGUUAUUUUCCUAGAUCGAAUCCAAGGUUAUGGAUACGGGUCUCGCUGGACAUCUCUGGAGCUACAUAUAGGUCUGUAACGCUAUUGGCUCUCAAGACUUGUUGUAUCCUGUUUCGAUGGGCACAAUCAUGGCGCCCGGACAAGAUAUCCCGCCCAUUGGCUGAUUUUCAGAUGUAUGCGAAGGAGGCGAUGCAUUUACUCCUAGCUGCGGAUAUCAUGAAAUCUCGAGAGAGGAUAUAG